CUGAGUGGCUUUGCAGGUUGACAGCAUGGAGUCCCUCUUCCCUGCCCCAUUUUGGGAGGUCUUGUAUGGCAGCCACUUUGAAGGCAACCUAUCCCUUCUAAAUGAGACUGUACCCCACCACCUGCUGCUCAAUGCUAGCCACAGUGCCUUCCUGCCCCUUGGACUCAAGGUCACCAUCGUGGGGCUCUACUUGGCUGUGUGCAUCGGGGGGCUGCUGGGGAACUGCCUCGUCAUGUAUGUCAUCCUCAGGCAUACCAAGAUGAAGACAGCUACCAAUAUUUAUAUAUUUAAUCUGGCACUGGCUGAUACCCUGGUCUUGCUGACACUGCCCUUCCAGGGCACAGAUAUCCUAUUGGGCUUUUGGCCGUUUGGGAAUGCACUAUGCAAGACUGUCAUUGCUAUUGACUACUACAACAUGUUCACCAGCACUUUUACUUUGACUGCCAUGAGUGUAGACCGCUAUGUGGCCAUCUGCCACCCUAUCCGUGCCCUUGAUGUUCGGACAUCCAGCAAAGCCCAGGCUAUUAAUGUGGCCAUAUGGGCUCUGGCUUCAGUGGUUGGUGUUCCUGUUGCCAUCAUGGGCUCCGCACAAGUGGAGGAUGAAGAGAUCGAAUGCCUGGUGGAGAUCCCUGCCCCUCAGGACUAUUGGGGCCCUGUGUUUGCCAUCUGCAUCUUCCUUUUUUCCUUCAUCAUUCCUGUGCUGAUCAUCUCUGUCUGCUACAGCCUCAUGAUUCGACGGCUCCGUGGUGUCCGUCUGCUUUCAGGCUCCCGAGAGAAGGACCGGAACCUGCGGCGUAUCACACGGCUGGUGCUGGUGGUGGUGGCUGUGUUUGUGGUCUGCUGGACACCUGUGCAAGUCUUUGUGCUGGUCCAAGGACUGGGUGUUCAGCCAGGUAGUGAGACCGCAGUAGCCACCCUGCGCUUUUGCACAGCCCUGGGCUAUGUCAACAGCUGUCUCAACCCCAUUCUCUAUGCUUUCCUGGAUGAGAACUUUAAGGCCUGCUUUAGAAAGUUCUGCUGUGCUUCAGCCUUGCACCGGGAGAUGCAGGUUUCUGACCGAGUGCGCAGCAUUGCCAAGGAUGUGGGCCUUGCUUGCAAGACCUCUGAGACAGUACCACGGCCGGCAUGACUAGGCGUGGACCUGCCCAUGGUGCCUGUCAGCCCACAGAGUCCAUCUACACCCAACACAGAACUCACACAGGUCACUGCUCUCUAGGUUGACCUUGAGCAUCUGGGUCUUUGAAUGGCCUUUCUUUUGUCUCAGGAUGCUUAAUCCUAGAGGGAGACCUUAUAACACCAUGGGACAGGUCAAAGCAUCAAAGUGGCCUCUACGGCCUAUGUCAGAUUAGGCUCCCCACUCUGGUGUAAGACCAGAGAGGAUCAAAGGACACUGCAUGGAAACAUCCAUAACACAGUGGACAUGCCUGGUGAGCCCACAUAGGUAUACAUACUUCACUCAACUCUUCUCUGGCCUCUCCCUGCUGCCCUGGCUCUAGGUGGGCUCAACCUGAGGUAUUGCAGUGAUCAUCUAGUCACAUGUUGUAUGCUGUUGCCCUCAGCCUUUCAGUAUUUCCAUAGGACUGCUGAAAAUACUUGGUGUUGCCUGGUGCUGUAGGCAGCAUUUUUUUUUUUUUUUAAAUUGAGACUGGCCCUAAGCUUGGCUUGGAACAUUUUCUGGUUCUGACUCCACUAAUGCUGCCAGAUUACCUGAGGUGGGUGGACAUCAGUGGGUUCUAGGAUGGUUGUUUUCCAAAGAUUCUCUUCAUGCUGUACAUGAUGUCUGUGAAGGGGACUUCACUUGGCACUGCCACUGCCUGUUCUAUCUGACUGUGGCUCCAACAUGGGCCACCUUCUCAGCAAGAGGCCAAUGGAACAAUAUCCAGAACUUCUUUGUGGCUCUUUCCCCUCCAAAACCACUGUGAACUCUUAUAUCACAGACUUCUUGGCAAGCCCUGCUCCUAGGUGUGUGGGAGGUAAUCAGGAGAACGCUGCUGUGUGACCUCUGUAGACUACUCACAACAUGGAGGCGACAUGUACUGGUCUUGGCUGCUUAGUAAGGGUGGAGCAGGAGAAUAUGCUCUGUUCUCAUUCCCCACAGCCUCCCUCAGCUUUCUGGCAGUCUCUUUGACUUGACAUGGGAGGUCAGUAGCUGUACUGCUAGAAGCAUACUUAUAGCCUGGGAAGGGUAGCGGCAGGAUGUGUUCUGUUCUGUACCUACAUCGACUACCUGCUUCUUUUACAGGCUUUAGGGCAUAUUUAAGUAAGGCCUGAGCUUGCUGUCAAAUUGGAAGAUGGCAUCAAAUGAAGAGUUGCUAUAAGAGCUGAAGCCUAAAAUGGCUCAUUUGAGCCAAUCUGCAAGGACCAUCAGGUUUUGGGGACACUGGAAGAAGAAUCUGUACCUUGGAGAUCUAUUUGAUGGUUCAGAAAAUAAGAGGCUUUGUAGAUGCUCUUUCUGUGGAUCAGCUACCAAAAUACUAGCAACCUUUGUCUUCCACUGAGACCUUGGUUAGGUGGCUUCAUACAAUACAGAGCCUGGGCUAGUUACUGUCUCAGAGAGACCUGGCCUUAAUAAUCUUAAUGGGGAGACCAGGGCUCUUUCUGUGACAUUUGGGUGGGAACAAUUAACUAUAGUGUUUUCUUGCCAAGGUUAAAAAGUUUGUGAAUUUGUACAUCUUCAUGUAUUUAAGCACACAAGUGUCAUUUCCAUGCAUGUAGCCAGGCCUGAGCCUGCCUCUGGAGUAAUGAAGGAGUGCCAUAAUAAACACCUUGUGACCGUUGCUCUCCA